CACUCACUAAAUGUGAGGUAAUGUCAAUACACAACAAAAGGUUUUCUGCGUUUUGACGAGAAAUAUAGCGAAGAAUGAGCUCGAAAAAACAAGGAAACUUACAGAGGAUGUUCACACAACCAGAUUUAUCAAAGAUUGAACUAAAAUCAAAGUUCGAUGCAGAGUUUCGACGUGUAUCGAUCGAGCGUUCGCAAUAUACCGAAUUUUCCGACUUUUACACCUUCGUGGAGCGACUACAUCACUUGGAAAAAAUACCCUUCACACUGUGGUACACGGAUCCUGAUCGCGAGCUACUGCCUAUUAACAAUAACAAUAACCUUGGCGCAGCACUACAACAUGCCAACCAAAGGCUACGGCUUGUAUUACAACGACAAGGUGAAAGCUAUGAUAAUGAUAACACCUAUGUUCCACCAGUUGUUGGCUCGCCAAAGAAACGAAAUAUCCUCUCAAAUGUAACAAAUGUUGUAGUUAACAGGCCGAAACUGGCGCACAGGUUGGCCAUUAGCACACCUUCAGAUUUUAGACGGGUUUCUGCAAUCGUUGAUGUUGACAUCGUCCCUGAAACACAUCGGCGAGUUCGGCUUUUAAAACACAACAGUGAUAAGCCUCUGGGUUUCUACAUCCGAGAUGGCACAAGCCUGCGCGUUACCCCAACUGGAAUGGAAAAAGUUCCAGGAAUUUUUAUAUCACGACUAGUCCCUGGAGGUUUGGCCGAGAGUACUGGAUUGUUAGCAGUUAAUGAUGAAGUUCUAGAAGUUAAUGGUAUUGAAGUUUCUGGAAAAACACUGGAUCAAGUUACAGAUAUGAUGAUUGCAAACAGCCACAAUCUCAUUAUAACUGUAAAACCAGUCAGUCAACCAGUAGCUACACCUCGAUCAAUGAGCCAAGGACGGAUGGGUUAUAAAGAUAUGAAUAUGGUUAAAUCGAAUCCAGAUAUAUCAAGAACAAGAUUAACUGACAACAGAACAUUUUCAACACCAAACCUACCAAUGUCACUUCAACUUGAUGGGACGGACACUUACUCUAGAAAACCAAAGAGACCGACCAGCGUGGGAACUCCAAGCGGGAUGUUUAUCGGUAGUGGUAAUGGGUUAAUUAACCCAGCUUGUGAAAUGUUUGAUGACAGCGGGGAUGAGGGAGAGGGGGGGUGGUAA